AUGAAGAUAAUAAAUUAUUUUUUUAUUAUCUUUAUUAUAUCAAUAUUUCUAAUAAAUCAAUCAUAUAGUUUAGAAGACAAUAAUAUUAGUGAAGUUAUAAAUGGUAAUAGCAGUAGUACCAAUAGCCAGGAAAAAAUAUAUGAUAUAAAUCCAACAAUCUCAUCGCUGUCAUCUUUAGAGCUAUCACAAAAGGUUAUAAAUUUUUAUUCUAAAUUUCCAAGAUUCGAUUUCACAUUUUCAAGAAUAAAUAACACAUUCAAUCCAAAAAAUGAGUCAUAUAUUGAGUCAAUUAUAUUAACAGGAUUUCCAUUUGGUAUAUUAGUUAUUUUAACUAUAAUCGUUAUAAUUUCAAGUGUUUUAGCUAUCAUUAUAAUUAAAGCUAGGGACUAUUGCAGAAAAAAAUCACAAUAUAGAUAUAAAUUAAUUAAAUAUCACAAAAAAUCACAAAGGUCCACUUUUAAAUGUAUUUUCUCCACCACCACAACUAUAAUAUUGUUAGUUACAGUUUGCUCAUGUUUAAUUGUUUCAUUAUUUGUUAAUCAAGAUUUAGAUAGUGCAGUAUUACUAUCAAUUGAUAAUUUAGAAUCACAUUUAUCAAAUAGGGUAGAUAUUGAAGAAAAAGUAUUAAAAGAAUGUAGACCCGUUACCUAUAUUCCAUAUGAUGCAAUUGAAAUAGUGUCAACAACCAAAAGGAUAUUAAACAUAACAACAGAGACAAAAGAGAAAAUACACAAAUAUGAAUACUAUAGAUAUGAGUUUAUAUUUAUUUCAUCAAUGGUUCUAUUCGCACUAUUAUCAUUAGGAUUGUUAUCGAUUAUAAUUAGGUUUAAAAUAGCAUUAGCCCUAUUUAUUGGCCUUGGAUUAAUGGUACUGUGCAGAGUAUGGGUAGUACCGGGAACUCAUCGUCCAAUGGGUGUGAUGAUAUCAGAUAUCUGUCCACAAAUGGAUCAAAUAAUAGAAAGUUAUGCACCCAACAAUAUUAGUCCAUAUGUAUAUUUCUUUUUAAAUUGCACCGAUGCCGAUAGAUGCAAGGGAGGAGAUAGUUUGAUAGACCAAAAGAUUAACUCCUUAGAAGUGUCAUUACAGAGGGCAAAAAAAUAUCAUUUCUCAAACUCAACAAUUCACAGAUUAGAAGAUAGAAUUCAAGGAUUGUAUGAUUUAUCAAGAGAUUCUAAAGAUAUGUUGAAUUGUAAUAUAACUUCAAAUACUUUUAAAUCAACUCAAAAUUUAAUUUGUAUUGAUAUAAUCAAUUCAUCAUUUAUAUUGUCAUUAUUAUACGUUUUAAUUGGUUUGUUAUUAUCAAUUUCAUUUAUUACAUCAUUAAUUGUAUAUUCAAAUUCAUCAAUACCCAAAAAAUCAAAUGAUGGUUAUGGAAUAUUAAAAUAUAAUAACGAUGAUAUUGGUGAUUUUACCAAUAAUAAAAAGAGUAUCAACUCUUAUUAUGAGGAUGGACUAAAUACACCAUUAAUUACAUCAUCAAUUAUAAGUGAUGGCUAUGAAAAUGAUAGCGAUUAUGAUAAUGAUGAUGAUAUUUCAGAUUUUUAA